UGGCUCUGUGUGUUCGCUCUUUAGCCAGGUGCCAAAUUACGCACGGAGCUCCCAGCGGCCGCUGUGCUGCCCGGCCUCCCCCUGCCUGUCAGCGCUCAGUGGUUCGCUCCAGUCGGCGCUCUGCUGCUGUUCAUCACCGCCCCACUGGCCGGCGCGCAGUCGGAGCUUCAGCCCGGUAACCGAGCGCACACUGAGCCUCACCGCCUGCCCGCUCUUCUCCUCUCACUUCAGUCUCUUUGAGCGUUUUUGCCUCCUCCGCUGGAAGCACUGACUGAACAGUGUGAGGGCCAUGUUCUUGGCGGUUCAGAUCAGUCCUCCUCUGUACUGCUGCUCUGAAUGGGCGAAACGUUACACGUCUGCCUUUCACGGACAACACCGAUGAGGUCAAACCAGAUCCCCAUCUCUCUGCAUCUCUCCCUCCCAAUCCAUCCAUUCGUCAGUCGCUUCCUUCGCUCAUCUCUCCAGCAUGUCACUGAAGGUACAGACCAGUAAUGUGACCAAUAAGACAGAUCCAAAGUCCAUCAAUUCCCGGGUGUUUAUCGGCAACCUGAACACAGCGGUGGUGAAGAAGUCGGAUGUGGAAAGCAUCUUCUCCAAGUAUGGCCGGGUGCUGGGCUGCUCAGUGCACAAGGGCUACGCCUUCGUCCAGUACGCCAGUGAGAGGCACGCCAGGGGGGCUGUGAUCGGGGAGAAUGGCAGGGUGCUGGCUGGACAGACGCUGGAUAUCAACAUGGCUGGAGAACCGAAGCCAAACAGACCCAAAAUCCUGAAGCGAUCAGCAGCUUCUCUGUACAGUGGCUAUGAGUUUGACUAUGAUUACUACAGAGAAGACUUCUAUGACAGGCUGUUUGAGUACCAUGGCAGGGUGUCACCGGUCCCUCGAGUGGUGCCCGUUAAACGCCCACGGGUAGCGGUGCCUCUGGUACGACGGGUCAAAUCCUUGCCGGUCAAACUGCUGGCACGUAACGCCUCCGUCCUCCCCACCAGCAACGGCAACAAACAGAAGGCAGUGAAAGGUGCAGAGCUUCAGGCAAUCAAGUCAGAGUUGACUCAGAUUAAAGCCAACAUCGAAGCUUUGCUGGGCAGACUGGAGCAGAUCACAGAAGACACACACAUCACCGCCACAGAGCUGAGGAAGGCAGACGAGUGUAAGAGCGAGGAGGCGUGGCAGGAAGGGGAGGAGUCAAGCUCAGAGCUGGAGGACGAGGAGGAGCACAGACAGAACAGCGAAGCUGAAGAGGAGGAAGACGAGGAGGAGGAGGAGGAGGAGGAGGAGGAGGGAGAGCACACGCAGGACGACACUCAUGACCACAUGCCGGAGAACAGUCGCCUAUCAUCAGAGAUGGACUCCAUUCACCCAUGAGAGGUAGUCUCGACUGUGGAGGAAGAGACAGACACAGAUAGGGAGAAAGAGAGAGCCGCAGACAGACAGAGAACUGAAUUACAUCACAGGAGGCCAUCAAACAGCUGGGAGCCCUGGAACACACACACACACUCACAACCAUAAAAACACACAGUAGAGAGAGAGAGACUUGACACUUUGUCAGAGCCACAGGAAAACACUAAAACAGCAGGAUACUGCCAGAACAUAUAAUAAACUGUUGAGUUACACACAGUAACACACACAUAGAAGAAAAAACACACAGUGAUGGAGACAGACUCAACGCUGUGUCAGAGCCACAGGGAGACAGUAAAACAGCAGGCUGCUGUCAAAACGCAUCCUAAAGCAGUGGGUUUUUCAUGUACCACUUUUGGGAAAGCUGGAGCUCAUCAGAGCAUCAUCUGCUGAUUUACAGCACUUUAAACAACACGAGUGAGCCGGCAACAUACUGAGGCAGAGCUGGUUGUUCAUUUGAAACCUUGUUAGUGCAAAUUCUUCUGAAAUCAAAAACAAAUUCCCAAAAUAAAACUGACAAUGUACUGUAGGGCUGGGCUUCAUAAUGUCGUGAAUUAUAACAUUUAAUGCCACAAUUCUUUUGUUGAUUUGCCUGCCCAGGGACAGCCAAUGACAUUUAGCUAUCUAUACUCUUAUUCCUGUAGAAUGACCAGAUAAAUAAAUAAAUAAAUAAAUAAAUGAAUGAAUAAAUUAUGUUUACCAUGUGGGCCUACAGAUAGAUACAGUGUUAGGAGGGUUUCUUUUUAAAUGUAUUCCACUCUAGAUUGCCAAAUAAUGCCCUAAAAUGUUAUCUGUAAUUUAUUCCAUUAGAUUACAAACUAAGGCUGCUUUCACACCUGCACUGUUUGGUUUGUUUCAGUCGAACUCAAGUUUGCCCCCUAAGUGCAGGUCGUUUGGGCAGGUGUGAACACAGCAAUCGCACCGAGAUGCACACCUUCUUGAAGAGGUGGUCUCGGUCUGAUUACAAACGAACUCUAGUGCAGUUUGUUUGUGGUGAGAAGGUGUUCCGACCUGGAUGUGAAGCAACUGCAGUCACAUGACACAUUGUUUGGGUUAAACAUGAGCAUGUUACAGUCCUGGAGGAUUAUUAAUGUGCACCUCCUCCUGUACUGCCUUAAUAUGCACAUUCAGCACAUCCAAUGCAUCAAAACAUUGUUUUCUAGUUGGAGCCGCGCCUCGUUUUCAAACUGUAUGGUUUGACUAAAAUGAACAAUGACAGCAAUAUAGUCCACGAUGAGCAGCGCUAAAAUCAACCUGCGUAGUUGUCCCUCCAUUGUGACAUUACAAAGUGUCACAUUUAUCUUGCAAGUGUACUCUUCUUCAACGUUUGCUUUACUUCCUGGAUUUUUCCCGCAUGGAAGUUCUGACCAAUCAAGAGCAGCUUUUUCACACAAGGCAUUUGAUCUGGUCCGCUUGUAAAUGCUGCUGUGAGAACACGAACCAACUCUAGGCAAUUAUACAACUUUGGAACAACAUGAGUCCCUGAUUCAGACCAAAGGAGACGACUCUAGGUCUGAAAGCACCCUAAGUAACAUAUUCUAAACACAUUGGAUUACUUUGGGAAUACUUCAAAAUCAUCUUCCUGAGCUCACUUGUGCAUGCCAAAACACACAACAUUGCCCAGGCUGUGCAUCUCCUCUGCCACUGUUGUGUGGCAGGUGCACUGUACACACUGUUUUAAAAAAUCCAUUGAUGGAAAAUGCCAAUGUAAAUUUAACAUUGUGUCCUAACAGCAAGCCAGUGUCACCCUCUGUCUACACUAAAUCUGUUUUUAUGCACCUCUGUUACGUCAUGUAAACAAACCUCAUAGGCUGCCUGUUAGCUGUGUGUUCAGCAGGAGAUGUAACCACUGAAAAUAUGAGCAAGUGCUUUCUACUUUUCUAUGUUUGUACUUUUUAAACAGAAAACACACGUUUUAUAUUGUAAUAUUUACUGGAAACGAUCUUCGAUACAGCCAACAGCAAGUGGGUUGUUAUUAGAAAUGGUCAUUUACCAGAAACUCUCAGCUCCCUGGUGAUCUCCCUUCAGCCAGCUGCCACCAUAUUAGGGAUUUUGUAGAUAGACUAAUAGGUAUAAUGUAGAUAACUCCUCAUUUCAACUAAAUGAAUCUGACUUUUUGUCCAUUGCGGAGGUUUCCCAGUGAGCAACAGGGAUAAAUAGAAACAGGGCAUCUGGUAAAUGUUCAGCUCAAAAUGUGGCCAGUUGGAACACUCUUAGAAAACAAUGCAAUCAAACUGACACUUGUUGAUGUUGCAUUCAGUUUGGACACAGAGUUAGAGCAAAUAAAACAAAACAAAUUAAGUAAGCUCUUUAAGCAAUCAAUUCUUGAAGAUGGCAACUCUAUUCAAAAUGCUACCAAUUUAAACUGUAACAGAAUACAGUUAUGCAUAUUUUGUGUUUUAAAUACAUAACUUGGUCACUUGUGUUCCUAAUUCUCCCCAACCCCGGAUAUAGAUGUAGAUAUAUAGAUAUAUAUAUGAGGCAAAGUUGGUCUGAUUUAUCUUUGAUGGGAAAUGCGUGGUGGACUCAGGAUGUCUGAGGGGCGUGGGCCAAUAAAUAAACAAGACACUGGUUACCUACAGUGGGGCAUCAGCAUGCCAAAAGUUUUCUAGCAUGACGGGCAGCCAAUAUCCCACUACAUCGCAUUUUCUCCACUAGAAGUAAAAACUAGAGGGCACUUUAUCAAGUUUUCUUUUUUUAAAUACACUCUAUAGGGCAAUUUAUUGUGUUUUAUCUACCAGGGGUUUUCAAAAAGGCUGCAUUACCUUUUUUCAGCAAAUAUUGGUAGCCUGAAAAUGUGAAAGUGCUCCCUUUUUUGUGUCAUUAAAUUUGCUGUCACACAAAAUGUUUCCAGAACAGUCCCCACUUAAAGCCUCUGAAAUAUGGUAUUUUUAUAUAACAACAAAAAUUCAUUAUAGGACUGGGCGAUAUGGCUUAAAAAGAAUAUAGCGAUAUUUCUUGGCUUUUUGAAAUACAGGAUCUAUAUCUCAAUAUUUUGAAAUCUCCUUUAGUACUGUAGAUUACUGAAAUACAAAAUUAUUAAAUGAACUACAGUUACAAUAAAGUUAAAUAACUGUUAUAAUAAAAGUAAAAGUAC